ACAACACCAAAUCGAAUAGCCACCAGCGAAGCAAAACCUAAAAAGCCGCACAGCAGAAAGAAAGAGUGUCAGAUUUUUCUUGGGCCUCGUAAGGUCUCCCACGCCAUUAAUGACCCUCCUCCUCCUCUCUCCUGACCUUUCCCUCUGCCACAUUGCGCGCACACUCACCUCGUCUUAACUCCCUAUUAUCAUCGCCUUAGAUCUACGUCGACGUCCUGCCAUGGUUGGAGAAAGGCGUGACCUUUGAAGGAAAAAUGCCUCCGCGCCUCCGGAUCUUGGCGAUGCUGCUGUCUCCUCCGGUUUCCUUCUUCCUCCUCGCCGUCUUUCUCCUCCUCGCCGCCUCUUUGUCCUGUGGGAGCUGUGAUGAGGCCGGACUCGGUUUCCGCUUCUCUUUCGACGGAUCGGUGAAAGAUCGGAGCUUUGGGGCGGAGUUUGAUCUCCAGGGCGACGCGGAGGUGAGUGGUUCGGCGGUCAGGAUCACGCGUCCGGCAAAUGCGAGCUCGGGGCGGAUGGCGUACCGGAAACCGAUCAGAUUCUUCGGCGCCAAACUAGGGUUUUCUUCUUCCUUCUCUUUCUCUAUCUCUCCUGCCGCCGGCGGCUUCGCUUUCUUCUUGUCCCCAGCUAGUGCUCUUCUUGAAAGGGGGAACGGCUAUCUUGCUGAAUCCUCGACCAGUCUGAUGGCAGUGAGCUUCGCGACGGCAAAAACUGGUAAUCUAAGUGGAAGUCUCAUCGAGAUCACUGUCUCCGGCGAGGUUUUAGCUAAAAGCAGCAAUCUUUCCGUCAAUGGCUCUGUGCCCUACCUUAACAGAGGAGAAAAGUUGCAUUCUUUGAUUGAUUUCGACGGAGACUCAAAGAUAAUUCAGGUGAAACUUUGGCGUGACAAAGAUUCAACGCCGAUGAACUCACCGACUUCUUACGCCGUCGAUUUGUCGUCCAACUUCUUGCGGCGAGAGGCAGUUUUGGUGUCUUUAACCUCCUGGAGUCGCAAUUCCACGCAGCGCAGCAGCAUCUACUCCUGGAAUUUCACGGCGAGGCAUGGAGCUCCAUAUCUGAUGCAUUCAGAGCCCCUGGAUCCCAAUUCAUUCCUAGUACGGCCAACUCAGAAUCCUCCGGUGCAUCCGAGAAGAGCUUAUCCCUGGGGAAUGUUCAUCGCCAUGGUGUUCGCUGCCGCAUGCGGAGCCAUGUUGGCGUUCUUCCUCAUGUUCGUGUGGGCGGGGCUCGGUUGGCGGUGGCCGGUGUCCCCUGUAGAAUUCUCGGUGGGGGUCGACUACGGAACGGCCGAAGGAACCGGAGAGAAGGGCCUCAAGAGUGGUAAUAAGGAAUAGAAGCUUUGAAGAUGAACCAUGCAUGCCGCCAUUGCUGUACAUUCACGUUACUUUGCGAUUUCAUGUUUAUUUGCUCGAUGGAAGCUGUAGCUUUUGAAGCAAACUUUGCUCAAAUGCUAUGAUUUCCAUCAAGAGAUGGAAGAUGGAACUGCUGCUGCAUCUGCCAUUCCUGUAACAGAAGUCAAAACUGUGCUUUGCAAAAUUUUUAGGAAUGAAUUGGUUUCGUUAUGUAUUUCCAUUGACUUGUCCAGAAUGAAAUGUCUGGCGAUUAUUGGCAGCCACUUUCUA